AUGAAAAGAAUAGAAGUGUCUAUUCAUAUACUGAAUUCAUGUAUGUAUCAUUAUACAUACAUGUGUAUAUCAUCUAAACAUUUGGAAUUCAUUGAUUUACUGGGGAAAAAAAUUGGAGAAGAAAAUCGUAAACCAUAUGUGAAAUUUGGAAAUAAACAUGUCUAUUCUUAUUCAUCAUCAUCAUCAUCAUCAUCAUCAUCAUCAUCAUCAUCAUCAUCAUCAUCAUCAUCAUCAUCAUCAUCAUCAUCAUCAUCAUCAUCAUCAUCAUCAUCAUCAUCAUCAUCAUCAUCAUCAUCAUCAUCAUCAUCAUCAUCAUCAUCAUCAUCAUCAUCAUCAUCAUCAUCAUCAUCAUCAUCAUCAUCAUCAUCAUCAUCAUCAUCAUCAUCAUCAUCAUCAUCAUCAUCAUCAUCAUCAUCAUCAUCAUCAUCAUCAUCAUCAUCAUCAUCAACUAAGAUAAUUGGAAAUUUCAUUCCACCAGUAACUGGUUGA